AUGGCUUCCAGCCUCCAGAAGACUGCGGCCACAGCGGAUCACGCCGAUGACACGCUUCAUGAAGCCGACAUGACCGUCCAGCUCGCCCAGGAUGUUGACGAUACCAAAUACUCAGCGUGGUCUACGCGCAUGUUUCGUCUCUACCUCGUCCUGUCGCUAAGCUACCUCUGCGGAUGCCUCAACGGUUACGACGGCAGUCUGAUGGGUGGCCUCAACGGCAUGACUUCGUACCAGCGGUACUUUAACAUGUCCACGGCUGGCUCCAGCACAGGCCUGGUCUUUGCCAUGUACAACAUCGGCUCCGUGGCCGCCGUCUUCUUCACUGGCCCCGUCAACGACUACUUCGGCCGACGCUGGGGCAUGUUUGUUGGCGCUCUCAUUGUCAUCAUAGGGACAUGUGUCCAAGCGCCCAGCACCAACAACGGCCAGUUUUUGGCCGGCCGCUUCGUGCUCGGCUUCGGUGUCAGUUUUGCCUGUGUGUCGGCGCCUUGCUACGUUUCCGAAAUGGCCCAUCCCAAGUGGCGUGGGACCUUGACUGGGCUGUACAACUGCACAUGGUAUAUUGGGAGCAUCAUCGCUUCUUGGGUUGUUUACGGCUGUGCCUUUAUUGACAGCUUGGACGCCUGGCGCAUUCCCAUCUGGUGCCAGAUGAUCACCUCGGGCAUCGUAUGCUUGGGCGUGUUCUGGCUGCCCGAGAGUCCCAGAUGGCUCAUGGCACAGGACAGACACGACGACGCGGCCAAGGUGCUUGCUACAUACCAUGGAGAAGGGAGACCCGACCAUCCCAUGGUCCUGCUGCAGAUGCAGGAGAUGAUGAAUCAGAUCUCCACCGAGGCGUCCGACAAGAAAUGGUACGAUUACCACGAGCUCUGGAACACCCAUUCUGCCCGCCGCCGUCUCAUUUGCGUCAUCGGCAUGGCUGUGUUCGGUCAAAUCAGCGGGAACAGCUUGUCGUCGUACUAUAUGGUCAAUAUGCUCAAGUCGGCCGGCAUCACCGACGAGCACAAGGUCCUGGCUCUUAACGGCAUUAACCCGGCCUUGUCCUUCCUUGGAGCCAUCCUCGGAGCGCGCAUGACAGAUGUGGUCGGCCGUCGUCCGCUCCUGCUCUACACCAUUGUCUUCGCAUCCAUCUGCUUCGCCAUCAUCACGGGCACCAGCAAGAUGGCGACGGAUGAUCCCUCCCAGGUGGCAGCGGCAAACACCACCAUUGCCUUCAUCUUCAUUUUUGGCAUCGUCUUCAGCUUCGGCUGGACGCCCCUGCAGAGCAUGUACAUCGCCGAGACUCUGCCCACGGCGACCCGCGCCAAGGGUACUGCCGUCGGCAACCUUGCUUCCUCGCUCGCAUCCACCGUCCUGCAGUACGCCUCGGGGCCAGCCUUUGAGAAGAUCGGCUACUACUUCUAUCUCGUUUUCGUCUUCUGGGAUUUGAUUGAGGGCGCCAUCAUGUAUUUCUACUUCCCCGAGACUAAGGACCGCACGCUGGAGGAGCUGGAGGAGGUGUUUUCGGCCCCGAAUCCGGUCAAGAAGAGUUUGGAGAAGAGGAGCGCGCUGACCGUGUUGAACACGGUUGGUGCCGCUGAGGACGAGAAGCUCGGCCAUGGGUUGGCCUGA